AUGGAUUUACUAUUGGAAAUCCCUCAAUAUAGAAAUAAUCAUCAAAUGGAAGAUAUAUUUUUAAAAAAGAAUGGUGAUGAACAAGUUACACCAUGUAUGGAAUUUGACAGUUCCCUUAAAUUAAAUUCACCCAAUUUCCUUUCAUCUUCACCAUCUCACAUGCUGGCCAACGGUUGUGAGUUGCCCCAUAUUAAUUCCUUGUCACAUGAACUUUCAUCUCAUUCAACAUCCGAUAAUCAACAUCAUCAUUCACAUUCACACAAUCCAAAUGUUUCCAUUAAUGGAUCAUUAUUAUCUAUCCUGAUUCAUGGAAACAAAGGUUCGCAUUCAGCCACACCAGAUUUAACUCAUGUUUCUCCAGAACCACCAAUGAUGGAAAACAACAAUAUUGUUAAAUCAAAUACCAAUUCACCAUCCAAUCAAAAUUGUAAAAAAUCUCCAAGUGAUCAACAACAACCCCCACAACCUCAACCUCAAAAGAUUAAUAAAAAAAUUAAAAAAUUAAAAAGAGAGAUUAAAAUGAAACAAAAACUAUUAGUAAAAGUACAAAAGAAAAAGGAAUUGAAUAAUUCAAGUGAAGGAAUUCCACCUCCACCUCAAUCACAAGCAUUCCAACAACAAGAAAUCCAAAGAAAUUCAUUAUCAUAUUCUGCACCAUCAUUUUAUUAUUCAUCACCAAACCUUGUAAAUCCAAUGUUUAUUGAACAAUCUCCAUCACCAGGUGCCAACGGCAAUAAGAUGACUGCCCAUUUAUCACACUUGUCGAUCCAGUCACCACAUGUUGGCUCACCAUUAUUACCAGAUUGUACAAGAAUACAAAAUAAUAGUACCGUCAAUAGUCCUCUUAACACUAGCAACUGUAACGCUGUCAAUAACAAUAACACCAAUAAUAAUAGUAACACUACACCACCUGUAAAGAAGGGAUUGCUACCAAAUCCAUAUGUUCUUCCACAACAACCAUCAAUGUACUACAACCCAAAUCAAUUUUGGAAUGGACAAGGAGGUAGACCUCCAGCAGCUGCCGGACACUUUCCAGCAAGUGUAAGAUCACAUCCAUACAUGUACUAUGGUAGCACAGGUGGAGGUUCCUAUGUUGGUGCUUCACCACCAUCAUCACAAUUUUAUCAUAAAUAA